CACUGGAAAGUCACAUGUCCUAACACUGGAAAGUACGUAUGCAGCUAUUCUUAGGCUUGGAAUGUAUACACUGUCUGCCUGCCCGGCAGCCCUUGCACGGAGCUCUAGCAGCUGUGAAAGUGCCUGCAGCAUAAACAAAUCCAGAACUCUCCUAGGAUGAAGAACUUGCCAACAGAAGGAAAGGCCUAGGGUUUAUGGUUUUAUUCCAAGCCUAAGGUAGAAACCUUCUGAGGGGGCGAGACAAACCCGGCAUCCGUGGAUGUCCCUGCAACAAAACAAGGAUGGAUGAGGAGUCGCCAGAUGGUGUUGUCUUCAAAGAUGAUAGCUUCUCCUCUGACUUGUUGAGACAGCUCAAUGACUUAAGGCAAAGCAAGACCCUGACCGACGUGAACAUCUGCUCCGGAGCCUGGGAGGUCCCUUGCCACCGCAACGUGCUGGCCUCCAGCAGCCCCUACUUCAAGGCCAUGUUCUGCAGCCACUUCCGGGAGAGCACGGAGGCCAAAGUGUGGCUGAGGGGCAUCAGCGCCACCACUCUAGAGCAGGUCGUCACCUACGUGUACACGGGAGAGGUGCACAUCACAGCUGCCAACGUCCUCCCCCUGAUGGAGGCGGCCGCCAUGCUGCAGUACCCCAGGGUGUUCGAGGCCUGCUCAUCAUACCUGCAGAGCCAGCUGGCCCCCAGCAACUGCCUGGGCCUGGCCAGACUCGCGGAGAUCUUAAACUGUGAAAGCCUUAAGGAGAAAGCCAGGGAGGUGGCCCUGAGUCGAUUCCCAGAGGUGGCGGCGUCGGCUGACCUGAAGGAGCUCUGUGCCGCGGAGCUGAGAGACUACCUAGGAGAUGACAGACUCUGCGGCGAGGAGGAAAAGGUGUUCGAGGCCCUCAUGGCUUGGGUCAGGCACGACCUCGAGGCCCGAUGGCCGCACAUGCAGGAGCUGCUGCGGCAGGUCCGCCUGCCGUACAUCCACCCCGCUUACUUCCACCACUUCAUUGCCAACGAGGCUCUGCUCCAGGCCUCACCCGCGUGCCAGGCCGUCCUGGAGACCGCCAGGAAGCAGAUGUUCUCUUUGUACAGCCCCAGCUCCCGGGACUGCCAACCCCCGGGGCACAUCCCCCCAAGGAGCUGCUACCAAGACUGCCUCCUCCUCCUUGGGGGGCAGAAGGACAGCCAGCAGACCACCAGGGAUGUCUUGCUCUACAGUGUACAGACCGGCCAGUGGCAGAGCCUGGCCAAACUCCCCACGCGGUUGUACAAGGCCUCUGCUGUCACCUUGCACCGCAGUGUCUACGUGCUCGGGGGCGUGGCUGUCGGCGAGGGGAAGAGCGUCAUCUGUGGCAGUGUGUAUAUCUUCUCCCUGAAACUCAACCGGUGGAGGCAGGGGGAGCCAAUGCUGGCAGCCCGCUACUCCCACAGAAGCGCCGCCCACAGGAACUUCAUCUUUUCCAUUGGGGGCACUGGAGAAGGGCAGGAGCUCCUGGGUUCCAUGGAGAGGUAUGACAGCGUCUGUGAUGCCUGGGAGAGCAUGGCUGGCAUGCCAGUGGCCGUGCUUCAGCCUGCGGUUGCCGUGAAGGACCAAAGGCUCUAUCUUUUUGGGGGUGAGGACAUCAUGCAGAACCCUGUGCGUCUUGUCCAGGUUUACCACAUUUCCAGAAACACGUGGUUCAAAAUGGAGACGAGGAUGAUCAAGAACGUGUGUGCGCCCGCAGUGGUCCUGGGGGAGAGGAUUGUCAUUGUAGGAGGUUACACAAGGAGGAUCCUUGCUUAUGACCCCCAGGCCAACAAAUUUGUCAAGUGUGCGGACAUGAAAGACCGGCGUAUGCACCACGGGGCCGCAGUCAUGGGGGACAAGCUGUAUGUGACGGGUGGGCGGAGGCUGACCACGGACUGCAGCAUCGAGGACUCCGCGUCCUUUGACUGCUAUGACCCGGAGACGGACACCUGGACGUCCCAGGGGCAGCUGCCGCACACACUCUUUGACCAUGCCUGCCUGACUCUCCAGUGCAUACCCCACGCGGCCGGCCUCACAUGAAGGCGGCAAGAACCUAUCCUGGGUCAGAAUGCUGUGUGAUGCAAGACAUUGCGGCGCAGAUCCAGAGGCCUAGCGCUGAGGGGAGUGAAAGCUACCACUCUCCGCAGGGUAGUAUUUGAGAGAAAAUAUGCCAAUGGAUGCCUUUUAAUGCCGCCCUUGCCUCUUGAAUGCCUGAAACUGCACUACUGUAACUGGGAAGGUCUGAAUCACAUAACUCCAGAUGGAAACGGAGGUAGCUACGUGAUUGGCAGCCCACACUGCAUGGACUAAGACAGAUGUUUCCCAGCAGAAGAAAGAAUUAUGGACAGAUGGUCAGACACACACACACACACACACACACACACACACACACACCUGCCCAUGUCACCCUUAACAUCCAGAAUGAGAGGUCUAAGGGACCCAAGACGACCCUUGGGAUCACUCAGGCCAGGUAGAAGCAUGCAGAACUGUUGUGUCUGUGUCUGUGUCCACAAAUUCUAUGGGUAAAACACAUCCAAAGCAGGCUCCGUUCAGUAGCCACCAGGGUCUGCAAAAAUUUUCCUGCAAUGAAAAACCUAAGAACAGGAAAAUGCUGCUGCUGGCGCCUGAUGAUCUCUUAAAGCUGUGGAAUUAACUUGGGGUUUCAUUUCACUAAGUGUUAUGAGAACCGCUUUUCUGGGGAAAGCCGAUAGAUUCCUCAGCUACAACCGCAAUCAUUACCCUCGGGGUAUCAGGGCUGACCCUCCCCGUGGUCCCUUCACUUCCAAGUGCCCCCCAUACUCAUUCAGUGUCAAGCCCACUGGUGUGCUCAUCAGAGGCUCUCAGUGAGGCCCGGACGAGACGACCACAGGGAAGACUUCUAGAAACAUCACUGAGUCCCAUUGGAGACGGACGCACAGGGGUUCGCUGAGGUGAGGUCCAGAGUUCUGCAUUUCUGAAUGGCUCCCUAAGGUGACCCUACCCCUCAGCCCUGGUGGAGAGCUAGAGCCCUCCUCUGCUGUGUGAGCUGAAGACCACCAUGACUCCUCCCCUUUCCCUGUCCUGGCCAAUGCCAGGCGAUCUCCGUCUGUGAGCAAAGCUGCUUCCCACCCACGAAAGCAUCUGGAAUAAAUUUCACUAUUCCGUGUUGCA